CAUCACCGUGGGACUGCUCGAGGCAUCGAGCACGUGUGUGUAUAUACUCGCUGCUGGUACUGGUUGACUGCAUAUCCAAUGGGCGCGGUAGUGCUGUGUGGUGUUUUUUAAACGACUGUGGAAACAAGUUUUGUCGCAGUUUGCGUGACAGGUGUUUCGUUAUCGCUACAGUUCAGAAGAUAGGACACCACUGCGAAUAUUACGGACCAGAAGCAACGAUAGUCCCUUUUCGUCUGCCGUGAGGAUAUUUACGUUACCGGUGACACUGUAGAGAAGGAUUGGGUAAUUUGGGAGAGUGUUUGUGGGAUAGCGUGCGGCACGAGGAAGGCGGUCGAGAGUUGCCGUCCAGCGUGGGCCGACGGACACCUGUUGAGGGUCGCGGGACUGGAGGACUGUGGUAGGGCGGUGUCGGCCAAGUGCGGCGAUGCCCCGGGCGGCAUGGAUCGCGGCAUGAGCGUGGUGUCGGCGAUGAGCAUGUGGUCGCGCGCGGGCGCCGGCGUGCUGCUGCCGCCCGGCCGGCUACACGCGCGCGCCGCCGAGGGCUGCGUCGGUGCCGGUGCCGGCGACGGCUCGCCCGAGGUCAGCUCGUCGUCCGUUCUCAGCCCCGCGCACUCGCUCGCCUCCUCCAUCGGCGAGGUCGACAUCGAGUUCUGGGACCUCGACAUCAACAACUCGCGCAGCGCCGUCGCGCUGUCCGCCGUCGCGGCCGCCGCCUCCGGCCACCGCUCCUGCGGCUCGAGCGCCAGUUCCGUCUCAGGCCGGGAGGACCUUUCGCCUCUGAGCAGUCUGAACGGCUACAGCGCGGACAGCUGCGACGCCAAGAAGAAGAAGGGCACCGCGCCCCGCCAGCAGGAGGAGCUGUGCCUCGUGUGCGGAGACCGCGCCUCCGGCUACCACUACAACGCGCUCACCUGCGAGGGCUGUAAAGGCUUCUUCAGGAGGAGCAUAACAAAAAAUGCCGUGUACCAGUGCAAAUAUGGCAAUAACUGUGAAAUUGACAUGUAUAUGAGGAGAAAGUGCCAGGAGUGCAGACUGAAGAAGUGCCUCACUGUGGGCAUGAGGCCAGAGUGUGUAGUACCUGAAUACCAAUGUGCAGUGAAAAGAAAAGAGAAAAAGGCACAGAAAGAUAAAGAUAAACCUAAUUCUACUACGAAUGGUUCACCAGAAGUGAUGAUGUUGAAAGACAUAGAUGCCAAGGUGGAACCAGAAAGACCGUUGUCAAAUGGAAUAAAACCUGUGAGCCCUGAACAAGAGGAGCUUAUACAUAGGCUUGUGUACUUCCAGAAUGAAUAUGAGUCUCCUUCUGAGGAAGAUUUGAGACGAGUUACGAGUCAGCCAACGGAAGGAGAGGAUCAGAGUGACGUGAGGUUUCGACACAUCACUGAGAUCACAAUAUUAACUGUUCAACUAAUUGUUGAAUUCGCCAAGCGGUUACCAGGAUUCGAUAAACUGCUGAGGGAAGAUCAGAUAGCACUACUAAAGGCAUGUUCAAGUGAAGUAAUGAUGUUUCGCAUGGCACGACGCUAUGAUGUAAACUCAGACUCUAUACUUUUUGCCAACAAUCAGCCUUACACCAAGGAUUCUUACAACCUGGCUGGUAUGGGGGAAACGAUAGAAGAUAUGUUGCGGUUCUGCAGACAGAUGUAUGCAAUGAAGGUUGAUAAUGCGGAAUAUGCCCUUCUGACUGCAAUAGUUAUAUUUUCAGAGCGCCCAUCACUUGUUGAAGGAUGGAAAGUAGAGAAGAUACAAGAAAUUUACCUGGAAGCUCUCAAAGCAUACGUGGACAACAGGCGGCGUCCCAAAUCUGGAACGAUUUUUGCAAAGCUGUUGUCAGUUCUUACCGAACUGCGUACUCUAGGAAACCAGAACUCAGAAAUGUGCUUCUCUCUCAAACUGAAGAACAAGAAGCUGCCACCGUUCCUUGCUGAGAUAUGGGAUGUGAUCCCAUAGAUGGCAGUGUGUUCAGCAGGUCCUGAAGUACUAGUCCUUACAAUACUGAAAUUGACUGUUUUUCAUAUUCAUUUGUUUUUAUUGCAUAUAUCGAAGGGGAAGGCAGCAUACAGUUUCAUACCUUCAAUAAAUCCCCAGUGAAUGCAGCAUUUUAUAUUUUAAGUCUCUACAGAUUCUAUUUAAAAGAACCUUUUUUAGUUAUUGCAGUGUCAAUACUAUGAUUCAGCAACAGUAAAAAGUAGUAGUUUAACAAAAUAGUUACAGGAUUGCUACAGACAAGAAACAGUGGAAGACACCACCAGUUCAGCAAUGGAUAUCAGUGUCUGCUGCUAUGGGCUAUUUCCAUUUUAUUGUGACAUUAAAUUGUGAUUCAUAAUUUGAAGACCCAUUAUUUUUGUAACAAAAAAUUUUGUCAUAAUGUUUGGCCCAAUUUUAGAAAAGAAUGGCUCUCUCUGAUGAAGUGACUGAAAUUUGUGAGGAAUAUGUGGGGACCACCAUCUUCGGUGGGGAACAAAUCUGCCUUCACUGAUAUAUGCAUAAAACACAGUUAUUAAGCAACUGGAAAUGAAUUUGACUGAUUUUAGUAACCUUCCCCUUUCUCUGAUAAGAAAGAAAAACUGUUUUCUUUCUAAACACAUUUUUGUAAUUACAGAAGUUGUAGAUAUGGUGCAAUAAAGUUUUAAGAGAUUCA